UAAAGGUACUUUACGACGACACAUAGAAUAAUAUUUUAAUAGUAAAAAUGUCUAACAUUUUUGUUACAAAAAAGGAAAUAAAGCAAAAUAGGAGAAUAUUAGCAGAAUACGGUAUAUGACCAUAUCAGUACAUUUUUCAUGUAGGACUUGAUGCAUGAACAUUUUUAAGUGAUUAUCUGUCAUUACUGAUGUGAUUCUCAUGUAGAAUAUAACAAUGUUACAGACAGUGUUUCUGUCUGUAAUACACACAAAAAAGUCCUAAUAUGUACUAUAUAUAAAAAUUAGAUCAACUGAACUAAAACUGCAAUGCAAUUGAUUUGUUUCAAGUUUAUUGUAUUAGAAGCCUGUGUUAUUGUAUUGGAAACAGUGUGCUGCAGCCAUGGAAAUGGGCAAACUGGCAUAUUUUUGGCUAAACAGGUAAACACUGAGCUUCAGUAAGAUUGCUAACCAUAGCUGCAUAGUAUAGUAUUUCCACCACUAGCGUAGUAGAGAUUGGCAUUUUAGACAUUGAAAUGAAUUUACUCACCAAUCAGCUACAGAGUAAGACUUGUUAUCGCUUGCUAUUGUGUGCAAUCUGGCAACCCACAUGAGCUUGGAAUCUGGGAAGGAGUGUGUGGCUGCAGAGUUUGAAAAUUGCCCUCUUGUAGCCAUUUCACACAUUUACUCUCAUUUAUUACUGAUUGUUCCUUUAACAUUUGUAUAUUACAUUUGAUAUCAAUCUUUGUGCUUCACAAACCAUGCCUAAACAGUAAAAUAAACAGGAAAGUUAGUAAGAAAACAGACCUUUUUGGCUCUAUUGCUGCCUAGCCCUAAUAUCUAAGUUGCUGAGUUUUUUCCAGUGUAGUGGGGGAUAAUCUACUGUCCAUUGGCUGGUUCAUGGUCUAUACUGAUAGACAGUAGGUCUCCAAUAGCGUUAUGUGCCACUAAACUUUAAAAAAUUAAGUACAUGUUUUCUAUUGUAAUGAAAGCUGGGUCUGAAAGGGUAAACAUUCUCUAACAAUGAAAAUGUACGUUUUCCUAAUUUGUUACUAUGUCCUGCAUACCAUAACCUACGUUUCUUUUAGCAUGAACCUCUUAAAGCGUGGGGACAAAGGUACAGAAAAAACAAUCGCUGUUGCAGCGGUUGGACGGCAUCUUCAUUUGGGAAUGCUGUACGAUUGCCGCAAUGAUUCCUAUGUUCCAGGAGUCUACUUGUGGGAUAUGGAGAGCAUCGAAAAGAACAAGGUUGUGACCGAAAGGCCACAGACCUUUGUUAACAUAUCUCUGUCUGACUCGCUGGAAGAAAAAACAAAAUUGCUACAAAUCAGUUCUUCUCUGAGCGCGAGCUUACAUGCAGGGUUAGUAAAGACUGAGGGUUCAUCCUGCUACUUGAACGACAGAUCGUCAUCUACACAUGAUUGCAGGGCAACUAUCCAGUACAGCGUCAUGACCAAGACUGAGCACCUUAACUUGAGCCAGAUGGGGAAGAAAAAGUCAAUUCAUAAAUUAAGUGCCACUCACGUCAUUACUGGAGUGGAAUAUGGCGCAGAAGCUCUGAUGGUGUUCAGCGAAACAGUGACGACCGAGCAGCAGAAAAAAACGGUUAAAGCAAACAUCAAUUCAAUGCUCAACAAGAUCGGUAUGUUUAGCGUCAACGUUGAGGGAAAGGUUGAAAUGACCGAAGAUGAUAGAAAGAAAGUGCAGAACUUCGGUUGUACCUUCUAUGGAGAUUUUGAUUUGGAAGAGAACCCCGCCAACUUUGAACAGGCAGUAAAAGUCUACAGAGAGCUUCCCAAACUACUUGGAUCAAACAAGGAGAAAGCAGUGCCCAAGAAGUUCUGGCUUGUCCCAUUAAGAGAAAUCAUGUCCUCAGUUCCGAAGCUGAAGCAUGAAAUCAGUGAAAAGAACUGCAUUAAGAUACAGGGUAUAAUGGAGCAGCUGGCCACGGCGCAAAUGAGAGCAAACGACGUGUCUAAGGAGAGCAGCUCCAUACAGGCCACAGACAUCGUCAGGAACAUGCAGACUUUUGUAACAAAUCUUCAGAAAUACACACUUAUGUUGAAAGAGAACCUCUUCACAAUCCUUCCUGAAAUCAGAAAAGGUGUAGAGAAAGAGGACAAGCUGGAAAAGGUGUUCAAACUUCAUGCAGAGUCACCCUUUUCACACAACAGCAUGGACAACUGGCUGAAAGAGCGGGAGACUGAAGUUAGCAUCAUCAAAUCCUACAUAAACGAUAUUAAUGUCCAAGACGUCCAGAUCGUUUCUCCCGAAGACCUGGACAAAGUGCUGUACGAUCCUAAGAAUAAAAGCGUGUGGGCGUUUGUGUUCUCCUCUCUUGGAGAAGACGACCUCUACCUGAACUCCCUCAAGCUCUGCCUGCACUCGGAGAAGUUCACUAAAAUGGAGCGUUUACCCUGCGACCUGCCGCCGCCAAGCAAAUCUCAGCCUUGGUACAAAUCUCCUGACAUCUCCAAGAUCAUGAGAGAGUCUCUAAAGCUCUUUUGUAAAGGAGCUGCUGAUCGCAACCUGUCCAUCAUCAGCUACAUCAGCUACCCGUACACGCGAGGUGCUGCUGUCAGACUGUACACAAACUGUCAUUUGGACUAUGUCAACUACCAGAACAAAUACGAGCCAGAGGUGGCCGAGGUCAGCGACAGCAGCAUAAGCUUGAGACAUUCAGUAAAGGCAGCUUCUCAAGCGAUUUCAUACAAGAAAGUGGCCGAUGGGGACAAGGCACAGGAGCAGAAGCUGACGUGGCAAAAUGGACAAGAAAUCCUUGUGAUCUCAGAUCUGCUGCCCAACACCACCUACGAGAUUCGGUUUGGCAAGCAGAACUGGAAGCUCACAAUUACGACCAAACCUGCAUGAAGCAUCGGGGUCACCAAGUCAAGACGACCAAAUGCUGAUGAUUCGACAAUCGCACAGGACAACAAAUAUUGCAGAGAUUCAACAGACAUUUGCACUAUUCUGCAUUGUUGCACCAGAGCUUAUAUACCUUUUUCUAUAUAUCCACACUUAAGAACAUUGAUAUAUAUAUAUAUGUUUAUUUUAUUGGUGUGGUGUAGUGUGUUGUAUUCAGGGAUGGGUUUAGUGAUUUGGGAGCCCCAGGCAAAAACAAUAAUGACACUUUCUGUAAACACAUUUUUUAAAACUUAAAAUUAUUUUGGGUAUUUUUUGUCAUUAACUGUGUUUUACAUUGCUUUCUUUCUUCAUCAAUAUCACAGUGAUAUCAGGCCAGCAUAAGAAAUAAAUAUUGUUCUGAAUAUUUA